AUGGAGGAUGAAGCUGAGAUUACAUCAGUAUACCAUAAGCCAGAACUCUCAGUGAAACAAAAGGAAAAUAUAUUACAGGAGAUCAUUGAGGAAUUUGGCUUGACGGACAACGAGGAACAAGAAAGAAGUCUAAGAAUAGUCAGCGAGCAUUUCAUUCGGGAUGAGGUAGACCAACUUCUCAUGUUUAUUACUGGCAUUGGGGGAUCAGGUAAAAGUCAUGUAAUACGUGCGAUUGUAGAGAUGUUCCGUAGAUGUGGUGCACCAGAGAGGUUGACAUUGAGCGCACCGACGGGCAGUGCGGCAGUGCUCAUUGAUGGUUACACAAUACAUGCAUUAACCUUCUUGCCCAAG